AUGGAAAAGCAGGGCACGCAGCAGCAGCAGUUCCCCACGAGGCACGUGAUGCCCAAGGAAGAGACCCAGGCCGCCCAGUUCGUGAGCGAGCACCCCGAGUACGACGGCCGCGGUGUCGUCGUCGCCAUUUUCGACUCGGGCGUCGAUCCCGGCGCCGAUGGUCUUCGCAUCACGAGCGAUGGCAAGGUCAAGGUGAUCGACUGCGUGGAUGCCACCGGCAGCGGCGACAUCGACACGUCGACCGUGGUCGAGGCCUCGGCCGCCGGCACCCUGCAGGGCCUCUCCGGGCGUACGCUCAAGCUGGGCGACGCCAUCGUGAACCCCUCAGGCAAGUACAAUGUGGGUAUCAUCCGGGCGUACGAACUCUUCCCCAAGCCCCUCGUCUCCAGGCUGAAGGAGGAGCGCAAGAAGAAGUUUGAUGAAGUGCAGCGCACCGAGCUGGCCCGCAUCAAGGCCCAGAUCGACGCCACCACCGACGACAAGGCCAAGAAGGAGCUGGAGGUUGCAGUGGAGCAGCUGAAGGAGCUGCAGGGCCAGUACGACGAUGCUGGUCCGGUCUACGACGCGGUGGUGUACCACGACGGCGCGGUGUGGCGCAGCGUGAUCGACCUCGAGGAGACGGGCGACUUGGCCGCGGCCGGCGUGGUGGCCUUCACCGACUACCGCCGCGAGCACCAGCUCGGCACCUUCGGCCACAACUCGAUGCUCAACUUCGCCGUCAACAUCUACGAAGAGGGCAGGGUCCUCUCCAUCGUCACCUCUGGUUCGCAUGGCACGCAUGUGGCCGGUAUCGUGGGAGCCAACUAUCCCGAGACUCCCGAGCUCAACGGCAUGGCGCCCGGUGUGCAAAUCGUGUCCGUCAAGAUUGGAGACACGCGUCUCGGCACCAUGGAGACCGGCACCGGUCUGGUGCGUGCGGCGAUCCACGCCAUCAGGAGCAAGGUCGACCUGAUCAACAUGAGCUACGGCGAGGCCGUCACCCUCCCCAACCAGGGCCGCUUCAUCCAACUCGCCAAGGAUCUGGUGAACAAGUACAACAUCACGUUCGUGAGCAGCGCAGGCAACAACGGGCCGGCCCUGUCCACCGUCGGCGCACCCGGCGGCACCACAAGCGGGCUGAUCGGGGUGGGCGCCUACGUCAGCGGACCCAUGAUGGACGCCUGCUACUCCAUGCGGGAGGAGCUGCCGGAGACGCAAUACACGUGGUCGUCGCGUGGACCGACGCCCGACGGCCACCAGGGCCUCAUGAACGGCACCUCCAUGUCCUCCCCCAACUGCUGCGGCGGCAUCGCCCUCCUCAUCAGCGCCCUUAAGGUCGAGAGCCCCUGCCACCUUAAACUCGCACAAGGGGUCAAGUACACGCCGCACACGAUCAAGCGGGCUAUCGAGAACUCGGCCCGGCGGGUGCCCGCCAUCGAGUCGUUCGCCCUCGGCAACGGCCUGCUGCAGGUCAACGAGGCCUACCACCACCUCAUCAAGUACGGCGCCGCCUACGCCGACCCGGCCGUCCGGUUCGACGUCGACCUGCCCCUCCACCACCACGGCGCCCGCGGCGUCUACCUCCGGGACUGGGAGGAGACGAACAGGGUGCUGGAGGCCACGGUGCGGGUGACCCCCGUGUUCCACGAUGACGUGGCGAGCAAGGAGAGGAUCGAGUUCGAGCGGCGCUACGCGUUGGUCGUCUCCCACCCGCAGUGGAUUGAGGCCCCCAAGCACCUCAUCCUCUCCAACGGAGAGCGUUCGUUUGCAAUCAAGGUCGACCCGACGGUGCUGGAGGCGGGGAGCCACCACUACGGAGAGAUCGUGGCCAUCGACGUGAGCCAGCCCGAGGCCGGCCCCGUGUUCAAGGUGCCCGUCACCGUCAUUCGCCCCCUCCGCAUCGAGCGCGGCCCAGACGAGAGCAACCCGGUGCACAGUUUGGAGUUCAAUGGCCUGACGUUCCGUUCCGGCGGAAUCGAGCGUCGCUUUGUGUCGGUGCCCCACGGCGCCAGCCACGCCGUCAUCACCAUCCGGGGUGUGAAGGUGGCGCCGAGGAAGCGGUUCGUGCUGCACACGCUCCAGCUCACGCCCCACCGCAGCUACGCCCAGGGCGAACACGAAAAGUAUAUUUGGAUGGAGAGCAACGCGGAGGAGGCGGUUCCGAUCAAGGUCAAGGACGGGGUCACCAUCGAGCUGUGCCUCGCCCAAUACUGGAACGGCAUCGGCGACGCUCUCGUCGACAUGAAGGUGGAGUUCCACGGGUUGAAGGUGACCACGACCGACGUGGGCCUGUACGGGAGUCACCUGGUCAAGCGCGUCGACGUCAGCUCCCUGCUCCGCAAGGAGGACCUCCUCCCCAAGCGCCCGGUCACGCCGACCACGUACGCCAUCCGCUCGCUGCCCGACGACCGCGACCGCCUCCCCGAAGGCAAGCAGAUCUACGAAAUGGUGCUGACGUACGGGUUCAAGCUGAGCGAGGCGGGCGAUGUGACCCCGCGCUUCCCCGUCCUCUCCACCCUCCUCUACGAGUCGCCCUACGAGGCCCAGUUCUGGAUGAUCUUCAACGCCAAUAAGCGGCUGGUGGGCUUCGGCGACUUCCGCCCGUCCGCCCAGAAGCUCGCCAAGGGGAGCUACACGUUGCGGUUCCAGAUCAGACACGACCAGGUGGAGAUGCUGGAGAAGCUCAAGGACACGGAGGUGCUGCUGGAGAAGAAGAUCGCCAAGCCCCUCAACCUGCCCAUCUUCUCCAACAUCAGCGACGCCCUCGUGAACGGGUCUAAGUUCGCGUCGGCGGGCAAGAAGAUGAAGUGCGGGCGGGAGCAGGUGUUUUUCAUCGGCCGCACCGACACCAAGUCCCUCCCCAAGGACACCUCCGCCGGCGACCUCCUUCUCGGUACGCUGCAGGUGUACAAGAAGCUGUUCGCGGAUAAGAACAAGAAGCUGGCCGGGCUGCCGUUCGCCUAUGUGGUGCAGCCGACGUCGAGCUGCUCUUCGGCUUCCGCCGCCUCGUCGAACUCCAAUGGCUCCAAUGGAGGCGAUGGCAAGGAAAAGGAGAAGGAGAAGGAGAAGGAGCAGACGCCGGAGGAGAAGCUCGAGGCGUUCAUCUUCGAGAAGAAGGUCGAGUACGCCGACAAGCUCCUCAAGGACAAGAAGGUCCAGGAAUUCGACGACCUCUCCCGAGCGCUGGUGUCGGCCAAGCCCGACCACCUGCCGCUGCUGGUGCUCAACCUGAAGCGCGCCGUCAGCGGAAAGAAUGUGACGGAGAUUGCUGCAGCGGCCGACGCGGUGGUCGCCAACAUCGACACCACCAGCCUCGCCCUCCACCUCGCCGCCACCAAGCUCGGGACGAAGCCCGAGGGGAGCGAAGCGCAGGCGGCGGCCAAGGCCACCAAGGAGAAGGAGAAGCAGCUCGACGCCCUCCUUUCGGCCCUCACCGAGAAGACCCUGGCCGUGGCCACCGCCGCCCUUGCUACCGAAGACGCGGGCGGGAAGGCGGCGCUGUUGGCGGAGGCCGAUGCGACGCUCGAGCAGCUGAAGAAGUGGGCCAACGUCACCGGCGAUUCGAAGUAUUACCACCUCCUCGCCGCGCUCCACCGCGCUCGCGGUCAACUCGCCACCGCUCUCAAGUAUGUGAGCAAGCAGUACAAGGAGCUGGCGGAUGGUGGGCAGCUGGGCGAGCAGGAGCGCGGGCUGUACGAGCAGCGGGUGGAGCUGGUCCGCCAGCUCGGCUGGGCGCACUGGGAGUCGCACCUGCGCGCGGCCAAGCACGCCCUCUACCCCGCCAAGUACUCCCUCUUCUGA